GGGUCACUGGUGGCCUGACUUGGCCCCCCCCUCCCCCGCCUUUCUCCCUCUCUGUUUUCAUCCAGUUCCCUGCCUGAAGAUCGUGAUCAGCAAAGGGCUGGGACUCGCCAUCGUCGCGGGGUCGCUGAUGGUGAAGCUGCCCCAGGUGUUUAAGAUCCUGGGGGCGAGGAGCGCCGUGGGGCUCAGUCUCCAAGCCAUCCUGCUGGAGCUGCUCGCCAUCACCGGCACCAUGGUCUACAGCCUGGCCAACGGCUUCCCCUUCAGUGCUUGGGGCGAGGCGCUCUUCCUCAUGCUGCAAACCGUUGCCAUCGGCUUCCUGGCCCUGCACUUCGGGGGACGCACGGCACAGGGUGUCUCCUUCCUG